GAUAGACCAAAAAUUAAUGAGGUUAGAGAGAAAUUGGAGGCGAUGUUAGGUGAAGGUGAUAAUUCGGUCGGAUCUCUUACGAAUGACAUGAACACAUUGAACGUUACUAUGCCAAACCCUCCACCAUUACCAAUGACUCCCUUUAAUCAACAAAACAAUAAUGCUAAUAAACGAUUUUCUCAAAAUAAU